UCUUACGGUCCUCCGAGGAUGUCUGCGUGCGAAGACGACCCCUGGACCUCUUGAUUCCCUCAUCGUUGCAAGUUACCCGGCUUACGUUUCCCAUACGGCAUCACGAUGACCAGUGCAAUCAAGAGCGACGAGCAGCUCCAACUCUCCGAGGGGCAGAUGACCUUCUUUGCCCAGAACGGAUACCUCAUCCUUCGCGGGCUCCUCAACGAGCAUGAGCAGGCGGAUCUGAUAUCUUGGACGGCGGAGGUCAAGGAAUGGCCAAACACGCCUGGAGCACACAUGCCAUACGAGGAGAUCGACAAAUAUGGUCGCCGCUUCCUCACACGCACAGAGAAUUAUGCAAAUUUUCACGACGGCUUUAAUGCACUCCUUCGUGGUACGCGGUUGCGGUGCAUGCUCGCCCAGUUGUCGGGCGAGGAGAUGGUCCUUUUCAAAGAGAAGAUCAACUACAAAGCUCCCGGGGGCGGCGGAUUUGACCCGCAUACCGACUCCCCGGCAUACCAGCACAUUGCCGCUCUCAAGCACCUUACGAUCCUAAUCGCUGUUGAGCCUGCGACGGCGGAAAACGGGUAUCUCGAGGUUGUCGCUGGCUCGCACUUGAUCCGCGACAUUCCGCUAAACAAAGACCACACCAUCAAGAAGGAGUGGGAGGAUGGACAUGAGUGGGUGCCGGUGCCGCUGGAUACAGGAGAUAUGCUCAUCUUCGGGUCAUUCCUCGCGCACCGUUCUGGACCAAACAACUCUCCACAUGGGCGGGCUGCUAUUUACGCCACUUACAAUGCGAUGAGCGAAGGUGGAGAUCAACAUGACGACUACUACGCUCACAGAAGAAAAAUUUGGCCGCCAACAUUCGAGCGCGAGCCGGGAAAGCGGUACAAGGAGGGAUUCGACCUCUAUGCAUGGGGCACACCGAUGACAACAGUGGAAACGGCGGUGUAGUGGAUGAUCGCCGCGUGCUGAGGGUAAUAAAUGACCGAAUAAAGGGAACUGCGAGAUAGACCA